AUUCUAGUUUAUUAAUAAAGUUUAAAAUAUUGACUUUAUUGCGGAUGUUGUUCAAUUCCAUUCAGAUAGAAGUUUUGUUCUGAUAUUCUGAAGUUUUUAAUAUAAAGUCACAUUCUAUUCUUCACAAUGUGUGGUGGAUUUAAUUGCUCGAAAAAUGCUCUCACAGCGUUGAACAUUUUGUUCUUGCUUGUUUCCUUCGUUCUUAUUGGAACGGCUUCUUAUGCAAAAGCAGCAGGAUAUAUUUACAGUUUUGAAAUUGCAGGAGGGAUAAUAGCUUGCGGAUUAUUUCUUUUCUUCAUAUCAAUACUUGGAUUGAUCGCCUCAUCAAAGCAUCACCAAGUGCUGCUGUUCUUUUACUUUGUAGUUUUGUUUCUCCUGUUCCUCAUCCAGUUCUCUGUAUCAAUUGCCUGUCUUGCAUUAUCUAAAUCUGAUGAGAAAGCACUCCUUCAAGGUGCAUGGAACAUGAGCAAACCAGAAGUGACCGACACAGCAGAGACAUUAUUUCAUUGCUGUGGAUGGAACGAAACUGAUUUGAUGAAUGACGACAUUACAAACCAUUGCGAAAAUGAGCUGAAAGCUUGUGUCAAAGAGGUUUCAAAGGAUUCAGAUUUACCAAAGUGUCAGCCAUGCAGCAUUGUUCUAACUGAGAGAGUAAGUACAUUGCUGGUUGCAACUGGUGGAAUUGGCUUUUUCUUCAGUUUGAUGGAGUUGAUGGGAGUGUACCUAGCUGUCCGAUUCCGAAACCAGAAAGAUCCAAAAGCAAAUCCAAGUCAAUUUUUAUGAUGAGUAAUCAUUGAGUGACUCAUCAAUUAUUAAAUGAAUGAGAUUUUACGAAGCAUCGAAACGUUAUCUUCGAACUGACUUAUAAUAAUAACAAUUUAUAUAUUAAAAUAGAAAAUGACAGAAUUUUGUGCGAUCAUGCGUUUUUGUAGAUAUAUUUGGAAUAUACAAGUCAGUUCACAGGAAAUAAAAAAUGCAGUAGAAUCCUUAUUUUAUCACAGUUGCACAUUAUUGCUAUGGUUCUCAUAGAUUUGGCUGGUAAAUAAACGAUGGUGUAAUA